AUGCCAGGAAAGAUUCUUUGCGUAGCUGAGAAGAACUCCAUCUCAAAGGCUGUAGCAGAACAUCUCUCUGGUGGCCGUUUCACUACGAGUAACACCAGAAACCAAUACGUGAAAAAUUACUCCUUCACAUUUGACUUCGGCGGAGAAUGGGGGAACUGUCAAGUGCUAAUGACUGCGGUCUCUGGUCACAUCACCGAAGCGAGGUUUGCUCCUGAAUACGAGGGGAGUUGGGAUUACGUCCCUCCUCAAGAAUUGUUCACUGCCCCGGUCCGCGUUCAGGUUGUUGAUAAGCCAGAAAGCCAAGCAAUUGCGCAAAACAUCUUUGAACAAGCAAGAGGAGCUAAGGCACUGUUCAUUUGGACCGAUUGUGAUCGGGAAGGCGAACAUAUUGGUGGCGAGGUUCGGACAGAAGCUCACAGGGGAAAUCCAAGGCUCCCUGUCAAGAGAGCCAGGUUUAGUAACAUUGAGAGAGCACAUGUUAUCCAAGCAGCCAGAAAUCCCAUAGACCUGGAUGAUCGCCAAGUUAGCGCAGUUGCUACCCGUAUUGAGCUCGAUUUGAGAAUCGGCUUCAUUUUCACGCGGUGGUUAACGGUCAACCUUCGCACUCUUGGUGGAAACAUGGCAACGAACGAGGUAGGUGAGAAGAGGGUGAUAAGCUAUGGAUCAUGCCAAUUCCCGACUCUGGGAUUUGUAGUCGACCGAUACUUUAGGGUCAGGAAUUUCGUCCCAGAAACCUUUUGGAGCAUUAAAGUUACUCAUCGACGAGACGAUAUGGAUGUCGUCUUUAAUUGGAAACGUAGCAGGCUAUUCGACCGCGCUAUCGUCGUCAUAAUUUUCGAGAGAUGCAUUGCAGCGAAGACGGCCAAAGUCACCAGAGUUCACGAGAAGCCAACCAGUAAAUGGAGACCCCUACCAUUGACCACAGUCGAGUUUCAGAAGAACGCAAGUCGAUUCUUGCGGAUGAACAGCUCCACAGCGAUGAGUGUUGCCGAGGGUCUCUAUCAGAAGGGUUUCAUUAGCUACCCUAGGACAGAGACGGAUCGCUUCGACAAAGGCAUUGACCUCCGAGCAUUGGUCGAGAAACAGGUGCAAGAUGGUAGGUGGGGAGGUUAUGCUCAAGGAUUGGUGGCUGGAGGGUUCAAGCAACCGCGACAAGGAAGAAACGACGAUAAAGCACAUCCUCCCAUCCAUCCAGUCACUUGGGUAGCUCCAAAUACCUUGAAUCCCGAGGAAGGUCGGGUGUACGAAUUCAUCACCCGCCGAUUUCUUGCCUGCUGUUCGGAAGACGCCAAAGGUCAAGCCACUGAUGCCGAAAUCGAGUAUGGCGAUGAGAAUUUUGGUGCCCAUGGUCUCGUCGUGUUGGAGCGAAAUUACCUCGACGUUUACCCAUACGAAAAUUGGACCAGCACUGCAAUUUUGCCUAGAUUUACCCUCAACGAGAUAUUCGAACCUACCGAAGCCAUGGUCACAGAGGGAAAUACGACAGCGCCCGGCUACCUGACAGAGCCGGAUCUUCUGGCAUUGAUGGAUGCCAAUGGCAUUGGCACAGAUGCCACCAUGGCUGAACAUAUCAAAAUGAUCCAGGACAGAAACUACGUCUUCACUAGACCCAAAGCUGGCGGUGGCGGAAACAACAACCAAGCAGUUCCAGCUCGUGGUGGUCGUGGGGGGCGCGGUGGGAGAGGGGAUAGAGGAGGACGAGGUGGUAGAGGCGGUGCCGCCCCUGGUGGGCGUGGAGGCGGGGGCGGAUGCGUGGAGGAGUUCAUACCAUCUACGCUAGGCGUAGCUCUUGUGGAUGGCUACGACAGAAUGGACUUCGAGCCUAGUCUGAGCAAACCUUUCCUGAGAAAGGAGAUGGAAUUGCUCAUGAAGGACAUUUGUGAUGGCAGAAAGACUCGUGAAGAGGUUUUACGACAGAGUUUGAGGCAGUACAAGCAGGUAUUCGAAAUCUCGGUUGAGCGAUUGGCAGUUUUGAAAGCAUCUUGCAGGCGGUAUGUACUCAAUGGUGGAGCUUGA